AUGAGAGAAAUAAUGGGAGUAUUGGGUAGAAAAGACCAAGAAGAAUAUAUUAGGCUAGGGGAAAAGGCCUUGAAACUCAACAAAGUUUUAGCCUUGUCUGGUCCUUUGCUCACAGGCCUAGCAGCGAUUGGCUCUGCAUUUGCUGGUCAUUCUACUCAUGGAUCUUGGGCAGCCAUGCUUGGAAUUGUUGGUGGAGCAUUGGCAAGUGCAGUUAACACAGUAGAGCAUGGUGGACAAAUCGGAAUGGUAUUCGAAAUGUAUAGGAGUAACGCCGGUUUCUUCCAGUACAUGCAAGAAUCUAUUGAAUCUAACUUGACAGAAACAGACGAGGAGAGAAGAGAAAAUGGCGAAGUUUUUGAAAUGAAGGUGGCUUUGAAGUUAGGAAGGAGCUUAUCAGAUCUGAGAAAUCUUGCUGCUUCUUCGUCAUUGAAAGAAGAACAUUUGGAUGAGUUUGCAAGCAAGCUUUUCUGAUGUUGCACACUAAUGUUGUUACAUAUAUUUGUAUUAUAAGUAGCGGAACAUACUCUUUAAUUUUUUUUCAAAUAUACAUUCUUUUACAAAGUUAAUUGGUAGAAAGCAGUGUUGGCUAUUAGCAUAUUUUACUAAUUUAUUCAUUAGUUCUUCAAAUU